AAGAGUAAGUCACACUGUCAAACCACUCCUAACAGCUUUCGUAUUCGUGCUGGAAUUUCGACUAAGCAGAUACUGUUCUAAAAACAACAAUAUGGAAAUCCAAUACAAUAGGAAAGUUCAAUUAGGAGAAGGUGGCUAUGGUUCAGUGUUUCAAGGAACGUUUAAAGGUCGUGAAGUGGCAGUCAAAAGAGUUCUCCUUAACAUGGCUAACGGUAAUGAGGAAGAAGCUUUAAGAAAAUUAGAUCACCCAAAUAUCGUCAAACUUUUCCACGUUGAGUGUGACAAGGAUUUCAAGGUAUUUGCUUUGGAGCUUUGCACCGCAUCAUUAGAUCAGGUAUUUCUAGGGCCUGAUCAUCCCAAUAAAUACAACGGUCCUAGAUUGCCAUACCAUUUUGAAUUUUUCUCGCAAUUGGCUUCGGGUCUCAAGUACAUACAUUCAAAUAAUUUAAUUCAUCGAGAUAUAAAGCCGGAAAAUGUGCUCAUCUCAGUCGAUACCAAUAGGCCAGACAUUAAGGUAACAAUAAAAUGGGCUGAUUUUGGUCUUUCUAGGGCCGUAAAUGAACGAGGGUCAUACACGAUGAAUAGUGGAGUAAAAGGAACAAAAUGCUGGUACGCCCCUGAAUGGCUUAAACUACUUUAUUGGCCACCUACCACAAGAGGACAGCCCAGAGGUACCGUCAAAAGCGACGUAUUUGCUCUAGGCCUAGUCUUCGCCUAUCUUCUGUUAGACGGGCAACACAUUUACGGUUCUAAUGAGAAUGAAAUUAUUAACAACAUCUUGGGAGACAAAGCGAUCAACAUGAAGAAAAUAGAACGAUCGCACUACGCAUAUGAUCUUGUUACCAAAAUGUUAAAAAAAGAAGCUGCAGAUCGAAUAGCUUCAUCAAAUAUUGUGGAGAGACUCAAAUCAGAAGAAAAUAAGCUUGCAGAAAAAGAAAAGGAAUUUUUUGAACUAUGUAUAAUAAGAUACCCAGCUACUUCAAGAAUUUUUCCUUCAACAAAUCAAAACGAAAAGUUAAAAACCUUGAUCGAGCAGGGAGUUGAUGUGAAUAAGAAAGACAAAGACGGAAGAAACGCACUCCAUUUAUUGUGUUGGGAUAAUUCAAGCGAAAGAUUAAUCGACGCAAUCAAAUUAUUAGUCAAACUCGGGAUCGACGUCAAUGAGAAAGACAACUACGGAAACAACGCACUCCAUUUUUUGUGUUGUAAUAAUUCAAGCGAAAGAUUAAUCGACGCAAUUAAAUUAUUAGUCAAACUCGGGAUCAACGUCAAUGAGAAAAACAACGACGGAAACAACGCACUCCAUUUAUUGUGUCUUAAUAAUACAAGUGAAAGAUUAAUCGACGCAAUUAAAUUAUUAGUCCAACUAGGGAUCGACAUCAAUGAGAAAGACAAAGACGGAGACAACGCACUCCAUUUAUUGUGUUAUAAUAAUUCAAGCGAAAGAUUAAUCGACGCAAUAAAAUUAUUAAUCCAACUCGGGAUCAACGUCAAUGAGAAAGACAAAGAAGGAAGAAACGCACUCUAUUUAUUGUGUUAUAAUAAUACAAGUGAAAGAUUAAUCGACGCAAUUAAAUUAUUAGUCCAACUAGGGAUCGACAUCAAUGAGAAAGACAAAGACGGAGACAACGCACUCCAUGUAUUGUGUCUUAAUAAUACAAGCGAAAGAUUAAUCGACGCAAUCAAAUUAUUAAUUCAACUCGGGAUCAACGUCAAUGAGAAAAACAAAGAGGGUAGAAACGCACUCCAUGUAUUGUGUCUUAAUAAUUCAAGCGAAAGAUUAAUCGACGCAAUCAAAUAUUUAAUCCAACUCGGGAUCAACGUCAAUGAGAAAGGCAAUGACGGAAACAACGCACUCCAUUUUUUGUGUUGUAAUAAUUCAAGCGAAAGAUUAAUCGACGCAAUCAAAUUAUUAAUCCAACUAGGGAUCAACGUCAAUGAGAAAAACAACUACGGAAACAACGCACUCCAUUUAUUGUGUCUUAAUAAUACAAGCGAAAGAUUAAUCGACGCAAUCAAAUUAUUAAUCCAACUUGGGAUCGAAGUCAGUGGCAUCGACGUACGAUCAAUAUUACGGAAAAAUGAAACUAGAAAUCUUCAAGAAAUCAUAAAGCUCUUCGAAGAAACAUCUCUUACAUAAACAUACGUGCGAUUAUCAAUCAUGUGACGUGUAUGCGUAAUGUGUAUCUAAUAAGGGUAAAUAUAGAAUUUAAGCUGUUGACAUUUUCCAAGAAUUAUUUUACGUAAAACAGCUGAUAAAAUAAUAGUUAAGAAUAAGUUAUGUUUGAGAAACUAAAACCCAUUAAAGCUAGUAUUAUAAGUAAGGCGGUGAAUACAUAAGAUCCCACGCCAUCUUCUGUGAAGGCCCAACGAUUUCAGUAAGAGAAAUUAGGUUGGGAAGUCGAAUAAAUAAACAUUUUUAACAGGUUAUUCGACGCCGAAACAUUGUCUCAUUUCAGCGGCAACAAGAAACGUUAAAAGAACCUCUUGAAAUUUUUUACGAUUAUGACCAUAUUGCUGAUUCCAUCGUAGUACAUGUUUUCGUAAGACACCACUUCAGCUACAAGGGGAAUUCAAUAUGCACGGCGUUAUUAUCUUGGGAAAACAUGUGUU